AUGGCAUCUUACCAAUUGCACUAUAUAGACUUCAUUCGAUUACCGGAAAGGUCCGCAGCAGGUCUCAUCGCAGAAGAACUACCCGCUGUUGCCGUAGGACCUGCCCCCGCUGCCGUUCUCGCAGCACACGCCGUCGAAGUGGCUCCUGCGGUUCCUGCUGCACCAGUAGCACCAGUGGUUGCGGCUGCUCCUGCAGUCCCUGUAGCUCCAGUAGCACCAGUGGUUGCGGCUGCUCCUGCAGUUCCUGUAGCUCCAGUAGUGCAGCCCAUCCACUAUUAUGUUCCUCGAACCGAAAUUCACAAUUUGGCGAAGUCUUACGCUAAAGAAAAAGGCCAUGCUUCGUCAACAUCAAUAGUCUCUGAGGGCGCACACCUUUCUCAGGGCUUCUUGCCUACUUUACCUCUCGCAGCCCCUUCGGCCGUUAUCGAGCCAUUGCGAUCGCGACUCCAUCACGUGAAAGCUACUAAGAAAGUUUUAUGA